AUGAAAUUCCUUGCCACCCUUUCCUUCCUUGCCGCUGCUGUGACACCUAUCGCUUCGCAAUCUAUCAUUGAUCUUGCUGCUGACGACGGAAAGUACGGAACACUUCUUGGUGCUGUCACUGGCACUCCUGGAGUUUUGGAUGCCAUCACCAGCAACUUUCCCGUCACCAUCUUCGCUCCCACCGAUGCUGCCUUCGCCGACAUUGCCUCUGUCGUUGCUGGACUAGACGAAGGCGCUCUUGCUACUGUGUUGGCAGGCCAUGUCGUGAAGGAUGUCUACACUGCUCAAAACGUCAUUGAUGCCGGGUGCGUUGAGUUGACUACUUUGGCUGGCUCCAAUAUCCGCGUCAUGGUCAAGGAUGGCAUGGUCAUGGUCAACGAAUCCACCGUCAUCCAACCCGACAUUAUUGGAGAGGGCGGUAUCAUCCAUGGAAUUGACACUGUCAUUCUUCCAGGAACUUAUCAUCCAUGCCCAUCCAUGUCAUCCAGUUCUUCCAGCUCAUCCAAGAAGAGCUCCGGCAAGGGUAGCAGCUCAAGCAGCUCGAGCUCCAGUAGUGGCAAGGGAUCCAAGAGACGAAUUAUGGUCUAA